UAAUGGGAAACUCUUCAGAAUUCCAGAAAGCAGUGAAGUUGGUGAUUGACACAGUUUCAUUUGAUAAAGACUCAACAGUCCAAGUUUUUGAGGCAACAAUCAGGGUUUUGGGAAGCUUGCUUUCUGCCCACAUAAUAAUCACAGAUACCAAACAGCCUUUUGGUGAUAUGACCAUUAAGGAUUAUGACAAUGAACUGUUGCAUAUGGCUCAUGACCUAGCAGUGAGACUACUUCCAGCCUUUGAGAACACCAAAACUGGAAUUCCAUAUCCUCGGGUCAAUCUGAAGAAGGGGGUACCUCCAGACAGCUAUAAUGAAACUUGUACUGCAGGAGCUGGUUCCUUGCUGGUGGAAUUUGGGAUCCUUAGCAGGCUGCUUGGUGAUUCCACAUUUGAAUGGGUGGCCAGGAGAGCCGUCAAAGCACUCUGGAGUCUCAGGAGCAAUAACACUGGGCUGCUAGGAAAUGUUGUGAAUAUUCAAACUGGUCAUUGGGUUGGAAAGCAAAGUGGAUUGGGAGCAGGGUCGGAUUCAUUCUAUGAAUACCUUCUGAAGUCUUACAUCCUCUUUGGAGAAAAGGAAGACUUGGAGAUGUUCAAUGAUGCUUAUCGGAAUAUUCAGAACCACUUAAGAAGAGGUCGAGAAGCUUGCAAUGAAGGUGAAGGUGACCCUCCUUUGUAUGUUAACGUAAACAUGUUCACAGGACAGCUGAUGAACACGUGGAUUGACUCUUUGCAAGCCUUUUUUCCUGGACUACAGGUAUUGAUAGGAGAUGUGGAAGAUGCUAUUUGUCUCCAUGCUUUUUAUUAUGCCAUAUGGAAACGAUACGGAGCUCUCCCAGAGAGAUACAACUGGCAAUUGCAAGCGCCGGAUGUUCCCUUUUAUCCACUGAGACCAGAGUUAGUGGAAUCCACGUAUCUUCUUUAUCAGGCCACAAAGAACCCGUUUUACCUUCACGUGGGGAUGGAUAUUCUGCAGAGUUUGGAAAAAUACACAAAAGCAAAGUGUGGCUAUGCCACAUUACACCACGUUGUAGAGAAGACAAAGGAAGACCGAAUGGAGAGCUUUUUUCUCAGUGAAACAUGUAAAUACUUGUACCUGUUGUUUGAUGAAGAAAAUCCAGUGCAUAAAUCUGGAAAUAAGUAUAUGUUUACUACUGAGGGGCAUAUUGUGUCUGUGGAUGAACGUUUUCGUAACUCACUGUGGCAAGACAUCCUCCCUGGAGAAGAGAACGGCGCAGAAAAAAUUAAACCUAAUGAGUUAAAGGCAGUCAACUUCAGCUCUAAUUGUAACAGAGUUCCUGAUGAGAGGAGGUAUUUGCUGCCCUUGAAGAGUAAUUACAUGAGACAGAUUGAUCGAAUGGUGGGCUUGAUCUGAAUGGUUCUUCGGAAUAACUUUUACUGUAUGUCAGGAGGAGCAUGGGAUUUGACUGUAGACAUUCCUCUCCUCUUCAGCUACACACCUGCAUAUGCUGAGUCACUUGGGUUUUCCCCAUGCUUGUUAAUUUUCAGUUAUGGACAUGAAGGGAGAUCAAGUUCUCUUACGAGUUCAGUCUUCUGAACUGUGGUCACUUCACAUGCCACCUGAACAGAGAUUUAAGACUUCCUAUGAAAAAUGUUGGAAAUGAAGGCUGGAUAUACUU